UAAUGCAUUAUAGCAAUGGAGCUUCUAUCCUGCACCAUUCUUUUCCUUAUUUCCCUCGUCUCCACCUUCCUAGCCCGAAACUUCUUCUCCAAAACCCGAGCCAAGACCCGCCACUAUCCACCGGGUCCGCUAGCCUUACCAGUCAUCGGACACAUGCACCUAUUCGGUUCGAGCCCCCACCAUGCUCUCUACAACCUUGCAAAGCGUUACGGUGAGAUCAUCAGUAUCCGCCUCGGGUCUGUCCCUUACAUCAUCGUCUCCUCACCAGAAGCAGCAAGAGAAUUCCUCCGUACUCAUGAGCUCGCCUUUGCAUCUCGCCCGCAAUCUAUUGCGACUCGAUAUCUCGGAUAUGGUGGUCAUGGCUUCGCAUUUGCACCUUACGGGCCCUACUGGAAGUUCAUGAAGAAGCUCUGCAUGUCGGAGCUCCUAAGUGGCCGUAGCCUUGGGAACUUCCUUCCCAUAAAGCGAGAAGAGAUACAUGGGUUCUUGCAAUUACUGUCGAUAGCCUCAGCUGACAACAAGUCGGUGAAUAUCGGCGAAGAGUUUAAGCUGAUGGUGGGCAACGUUAUAUGGAGGAUGUCGAUGAGCCGGCGGUGUUCUGGGAAUGAAGGCGAGGCGAAGGAGAUUCGGAUGUUGGUGAAUGACGUGUCGAAGCUGCAAAUGGAAUUCAACAUCGCGGAUUACAUUGGGUUUUUCCGUUAUAUUGAUUUGCAAGGGCUGGGGAAGAGAUUGGAGGUGACUCAUCAGAGGUUUGAUGAGAAAAUGGAGGAGAUUGUUAGAGAACAUGAAGAAAAGAAGGAGAAGGAGAGAGGUGAAAGUGUGAAGGAUCUGAUGGAUAUUUUGCUUGAGAUAUCCGAAGAUGAGAGUGCUGACAUGAAGCUAACUAGGGAACACAUCAAGGCUUUUUUUCGGGAUAUCUUUGCAGCGGGAACUGCUACAACAGCCCUUGGGAUGGAAUGGACCUUGGCAGAGCUCAUUAACAAUCCAAGGGUUUUAAAGAAAGCAAGGGAUGAGAUCGAUUCGGUCGUCGGAAAGCAUAGGUUGGUCCAAGAAUCUGACAUUCUCAGUCUUCCUUACAUGCAAGCAAUCGUCAAAGAAACGCUUCGAUUGCAUCCAACGGACCCGAUUAUCCUUAGAGAAUCGAUCCAGGAUUGCAAGAUCAAUGGCUACGACAUCCCUGCUAAAUCGGGGGUCUUCAUCAACAUCUGGGCCGUUGGAAGGGACCCCAACCACUGGGAAAACCCGCUAGAUUUCCAUCCGGAGAGGUUUAUCGGUGAAAACGGACGGACCCAAAUAGACCUCAGGGGCCAACAUUACCAUUUUCUGCCGUUUGGGAGUGGCAGGAGGGGCUGCCCAGGCACAACACUGGCUUUACAACUCAUCGAGACCACGAUCGCUGCCAUGGUCCAGUGCUUUGAUUUGAAGAUGGACGGCAAUGGCAAAGAGGGUGGGACGAUUGACAUGUCGGAAGCGCCCGGACUGACCCUCUAUCGGGCACAACCGUUGAUUUGUCUUCCUGUGGCCCGUCUUGAUCCAUUGCCGUUGGUCGAAUAAUGAACGGUGAAGGAUUGUCAUUGGCACGUGCCGAGAUGGGAGUCUUUUUUCAUGUUGUGUGUUGCGUUGUAGAUUAUCAAUGCUGACGUAAUAUGUUAUAUCAUUGCGUCGGAUUCUUCCGUUGUUAUAGAUUGUUGUGUCCGUUUACAUAAAGAAUCCUGAUCCUUGCAUAAAAUGGGCCAGAGAGAGUCCUGUGA